AUGGGCCAGCCGCCGCUGCCGCCUUCAAAAGAAGGUGGGUGGGUGGUGGUGGCGGCAGCGAAGGCUGCUAGCCCAGAGCUGCUGAGCAGAGAGGGGACAGAAGAGCGUGUUUCCAGGGGAUGCAAGCUAGUAGAGCGCAGCAAGAUUGACCCAAAGGUAGCGUUCCCCCGCCGAGCACAGCCCAAGAUGGUGACCCGAACGAAGAAGAUAUUUGUGGGUGGUCUGUCCGUGAACACUACUGUGGAGGAUGUGAAACAGUAUUUCGAGCAGUUUGGGAAGGUGGACGACGCGAUGCUGAUGUUCGACAAGACGACCAACCGACACAGAGGUUUUGGGUUUGUCACAUUUGAAAGUGAAGACAUUGUGGAAAAAGUGUGUGAAAUCCACUUCCAUGAGAUCAACAACAAAAUGGUGAGUGUCUGGGGUUAUCCAGGCUUCCAAGCUGCCACCUACGCGAGUCGAAGUUACACUGGCAUUGCGCCUGGCUACACUUACCAGUUCCCUGAGUUCCGUGUAGAGCGGACCCCUCUCCCGAGUGCCCCCGUCCUCCCUGAGCUCACAGCAAUCCCCCUCACUGCGUAUGGACCAAUGGCGGCAGCAGCGGCUGCGGCGGCCGUGGUGCGAGGGACAGGUUCCACCCCCAGCCGCACCGGUGGGUUUCUGGGCACCACCAGCCCGGGGCCGAUGGCAGAGCUUUACGGAGCCGCCAACCAGGACUCAGGGGUCAGCAGUUACAUCAGCGCUGCCAGCCCAGCCCCGAGCACCGGCUUUGGCCACAGCCUAGGGGGUCCCUUGAUUGCAACAGCUUUUACCAAUGGGUAUCACUGAAGCUGGGGACCAAGGAGGCAGGAGGUAAGAGCUUCAAACAGCAGCGGGUAGUGCGGGGAGCGCGGUUCUGAGUUGACCCCUGUGCUUGGGCUCUCGGCAGGAGCUGUGGGUGCGGCGGCAGGGCUCGCCGGCCUGGCCCAGGCUGCGGGAGCGGUCCUGUGGCCAGCCUGGGGCUCUUCUGCACCAGAGGCUUUGGCGGGUGGGGUCCC